AUGUCGCUGGUGACUGGCAGCAGCGAACCGGCCGGCGGCGCCGGCGGCGGCAGUGGCGGCGGCGCGCGGGUUUUCUUCCAGAGUCCCCGGGGUGGCGCCGGUGGCAGCCCGGGAUCCAGCAGCGGCUCCGGCUCCUCCCGGGAGGACUCGGCGCCCCUGGCCUCGGCCGCUGCUGCUGGGCAAAUUAAGGAGCAGCAGCAGCAGCAGAGGCGGCACCAGCAGGGAAAAGUGACAGUGAAAUACGACCGCAAGGAGCUUCGCAAGCGGCUGGUGCUGGAGGAGUGGAUCGUGGAGCAGCUAGGUCAGCUGUACGGCUGCGAGGAAGAAGAAAUGCCAGAUGUAGAAAUCGACAUUGACGAUCUUCUUGAUGCAGACAGUGAGGAAGAGAGGGCUUUAAAAUUACAGGAAGCUCUCGUAGACUGCUACAAACCAACAGAGGAAUUUAUCAAAGAGCUGCUGUCUCGGAUAAGAGGCAUGAGGAAACUGAGUCCCCCACAGAAGAAGAGCAUAUGA